CCCCGCUGAUUUCAAACAUCCUCUCCCGCUUUUCUCUCGAAAAAGCUUAACAGGCAUCUUCAAUGGCGGUUCUACCAAGCGAUCCUCACUCUCAGUUUCUCGCCUCUUCUCCAGAGGCAGAGUCUCAGCUCUCGUCUCUCCUCUCUGAUUUGUCACAGCAGGUCCAGACGGCAAUGGGGAACAUGCUUAAGAUGAUAGUUGAAAUUGAUCAAAACUCUACUGGAAUAGUGGAAGAGAUAGGAAAAUGCAAAGAUUCUGCCCUUGAAAGGAAGAAAAUCUUGGAGGAAGAGAAGGAAAGGUUUCAGAAAGCUGCUUACACUGUACUGGAUAUGCUCAACAACAGAUGCUAAAGAGCUCCAGAUAGGUGUGCUAAGAUCCCUUCUUGUAACAAAUGAUUUGUCUAACACUAGUAAUACUAGUCAAAGCUGAAGAAAUGCCUCCGCAUUCAUGUCACCCAGCAAUUCCAUCAAGAAGGGAUCUUGUUGACAGUAACACUCUGUUUGGGAGGAAGGUUUUAGAGAGCAAAUGAUAUAUUUACCAGCUGGCUAAUGAGGUCUUCGGAGACUCCUUGGACUAGAUAGGUGUUUUCAACAGUGCUAUGGAAAAGAUGCUGAGCAAUGCUGGAUCUUGUAGCUUUGGUAGGUCCUGUAGCACUUCUUCUUGCUGUAACUCCGCUCUCUUGAAUUUUAGUUGCAUGUGUGCCAACAUUUGCUCUUUCAAGCCUUCUGGGAGUCUAUUCUUGCAUGCGAAUCGUAAUAUCUCAUUGAUUGCAUCCCUCUGUCAAACCAAUAUCCACACUAAACAUCAAUAAUUAAGAACAGAACUUUCUAGUUAUGGUCCAUUAUGAUGUUCUAACUGUUGGAUUUAGAGAUGGGUGAGAUGUGAUACUGAUUUGAACUGAAAUAGAUGGAAAUUACCAUGGCAAAAGUUCUAACUGCGCUGUGAACAAUGAGAUUUGUCAUGUUUCCGAUUAUAUAAGCAGUGAGACCAAUGUUGAAUAGCAUAUAA